UAAAAACCUAUUUUAGGCAAUUCUAACAAUUCAGUUGUAUUAACACAUUUUUAAAACUUGCUCAUAACUUUGGAUAUGAUUAGAUCUAUAGACCUCCCUCUUCUUCCAGGAAACUCUUUUCCAAACAAUAUUGGUCAGACAAGAUUUCACAAGUCACACCAUUUUGAGCUGUUCGAAGUUCCGUACCUUAGUGACAAGGAAAGGCCUGGUAUUGGAGGAGCUCCUAUCUACUACAGCAAGCCUCGACGCUACCCUUCAAUCUACGCUAGGGGAGACGUGUCUGAAUUGCCUACAUGGAUUGCUUACGACAGACAGAUGUUAGCAUUUGAUGCUUAUUUCCAAGAGGCCAUUCACGAGGUCCAUGGAUACAAUCAUCUGGUGAGGAAAUGCAAGAUAUAUUUUUAUCUAGAAGAUGGUACAAUAAAAGUGGUUGAGCCAAAAAUAGCAAAUAGUGGGAUCCCACAAGGGUGUCUCAUGGCUCGCCAGAGGAUUCGUCUCCCCAAGUCAUCAGGUUCAGACGACUUUUAUGAUAUUAUAGACUUCAACAUAGGCAAGACUGUUGACCUGCAUAGCAGAGUGUUCAAGAUUACAAACUGUGAUCACUUCACCAGAGUGUUCCUCAACCGUCUAGGAAUUGCGGUCCCUGAUCCCUUGGCCAUGCCAGAUGACCCCUACACCUCAACUAGGGAAAUGGCAAAGUAUGAGGCUCUGCCCAAGAAACCAAACACCAAAGUGGACACGCUGGGUCAGUUCCUGGCGAUGGAUGGGAAGGUUCUGUGUUUCACAGGCUACUGGGACGACAGAGCCACCUGUGAUGGAGAGCUUCAUCUGCUGAAGGUGUUGUACUACUUGGCUGAUGACACCAUGGAAGUGAAGGAUGUGACGUGGAAGGACCACCCUUACAUACUCUACAAGAGAGCCAAACUGCCCAAGGAUUUCCUCGCUCUACAAGAACCUGGAGCAGACUCUCCGUUCACAGUGUUGAAUGUCCUUGGCACCGGCACACAGAAGGGACGACUGUUGGCAGACUCUCUCAACUGUGGCCGUAUGGACAUUCAGUACUACAGAGACAAUGACUUGGCUAUUGGAGGAGUCAUCAAUGUGUUUGGGCGACGAGUUGUGCUCACCGAGUGCGAUCCUUUCACACAGGAAUAUUACAGAGUCAAGUACGGGCUGGAGGACUUCACUUCAGUUGAAAGACCAAAGACAAAGGAAGAAGAGGCAAAGGUGCCACUGCCUGAGCCAGAGUUGCCUCCUCACAACGGCUACGGAACUCACGAGGACUCAGCCAUCAACUGUCGGACCGUGUUCCCCUUCCCUCCAGUCAAGAGCUACAGACAGUUCUUUGAGAAAGACAGAUGUGGCUAUGACAGCAAGAUUUUGUGUUUCGGAGCAAAACUGAUAACGGACAAACCUUGUGAUUUAUCCAGAUCUUUUGUGAUUUGUUACUACCUGAGCGAUGACACCAUUAGUGUGUUUGAGAAGUCCGUGACCAAUAGUGGUUACUCAGGGGGAAUGUUGAUUUCAAAACGUAAGAUCAUGAAGCCUGGAGAGAAUCCUUUGGGAGUUCAUCCUCCUGCCUACUUCACCCAUCAGGACAUGUUCAUCGGCAACAGGAUAUGCCUGGAGAACUUCAACUUUGAACUGGUGUCUGGUGAUGAGUACGCCUUGAGAUACAUGGAGACCCACUGCAAUGAGUUUCCAAAAAGCAACCUGAGGCUUAUUUUGGAUAAAGUCAGAGAAGGGCUACGUCCAACAUACAAGCAGUUUGUUGCUCAGCACAUGACUAGAAACAACCUACCUUUAAUUUCUUAUGUUGAAUUCAGGGAAACAAUAAAGGAGGUACUGAAGGAUUCUAUAACUGAGCACGAGAUUAUUACUCUUGCAAGACAUUACAUGGAAAAUGAUCAGAAACCUGAUUUGUCAUGUCAGGAAAUACAGAGUAUUGCACAGAAUGAGUUAAAGAAGUUUCUUUUUAACUCAUUUGAUCGGCUGGAAGAGUCAUUCCAUUAUAGAGAUGUGAACAAAACAGGAUAUGUAACCAAAGACACAGCCUACGCUAUCAUAAGAGGAGCCAACCUGCCUUUAGCAAGAGACUUUGUCUAUAUAUUGCUGGACAGAGUGGUCAAUGAGAACUGCCAGGUCAACUAUCAUCAACUUAUUCAAUUCAUCGACUACAAGAAGAACCCAGUUCCCCCAGUCCAGCCCAACAGUCAGAUUGGAAAUUUGCCAAUCACUCGUCACAGACCAACCACCAGUAUCAAUAUUCAGUGUGUCAACAUGGAAAAGUUGAUCAAAGACGUUGAUUUGGAGAAGACUCUCUAUGAAAAUAACUAAUGAUUGAGAUAAAAUUAACAAUGAUAUUUUUAACCAUGCAUUGGAGCAAUAUUUAAAUACUUGGAGGUGUAAGUACUCUGCACUGAAUAAAAAGAUG